GCCCGCGUGACGUCACCGCGGCCGGCUUCCGGGGGCUGCGUGAUGACGCAGCGCGCGGGUGUGCGUGGGGGCUCCAUGCGUCUCCGGCGGCAGGCCGCUUCGGGGCGGCGCGGGCAUCCGAUGCCGUCCGGGGGCGGCGCGGGCAUCCGAUGCCAUCCGAGGUCGUCGGGGCUCCAGGCGGCGCCCGCCCCCGGGUGCGCUCCGGCCGAGCUUCCGAGGGACGGGGUCGCGGCUGCCGCCGGGGCGGGGACCCGGGGUCGGCCGACCGCGGCGUGCGCUGACCGCCUGCCCCCCUCGCGGCGGUGCCCGGCCCCCGGCUGCGCGGGAAGCCCUCGCGGAACUCGCCCGGCCCGCGGCUGCGGAGGAGGAGCGGAGCGGCGGCCUCCGUGCCAGGAAGACUGCAGGGAGAGGCCGCGCUGGCCCAGGUGCAGACGCUGAACACACCCGCCUGUGAGCUGCACUCGGGAGCCGCUCCCUGAGGCUCCUGUGUCUGCAGUCCUGGGAGCAAGGCGUUGGCUGAACUUCGGCCCAUCUUUUCAAGGAUGUUGGAGUAGCAAACAGCCCCAGAUGGACAAGGCUCUGCUCUGGGUCCCUGCCCCAGCACAGGACACGUGGUGUCUGCCCUCCCCCGCUGUUCCAGCAGCAGGAAUCCCCAGGUGCCAGAGCCUGGAGAGCGCCGAGAGGUGGCCUGGUCCGUGUCUGCGGGGUGAUUGGGGUCUGCAGCAGUAAGUAUGCUGCAGAGGCCUGUCUUCUGUUCAUUUCCAUGAGCCCCCGCCCCCAGAAGAAUUUCAAAACCCUCGACUUGCUCUGGCCUUCCCAUCUCAAGUCAGCCAGCCUCCAAGCUGUUUCCACGUGCCUCCUCCUCAUGCCUGAGGAAGUGGACCCUGGGGUGUGGCCUGCACACGGACAUGCCCCGUGAGGGUGCAGCUGGGUUUGAGCGGCUCUCGUGCCCCCUUCUGUCUAAGCAGGUUUGGGUGCCACAGUGCUCCGGAAACGAGGAUUCUUGCUGUGCGUCGGGGCCCAGGCCCCUCUGUCCUUCUGUGCGGGAAACAAGGGGUGGUUAAUAAACAGUCUUUUCAGCGUGUGCUGCGAUUGGCUUGUGUCUCCUUUCCGUGAGCUAGAUACAAGGAGCCCUGGCCGUGAAGGGAGUGGCGGCCAAACUCCUUCAGCCCCGAGGUGUCUCCUUGCUUGAUGCCCAGGUGUUUGCAGAGUGCCGAGUAGGUGAUGGACUACCAACACCUGCCAUCGGGAGCUUGCCCUGGGGAUCCUGGAUGGGUUCUGCUGCCUGACAGGCUCGUCUGCCUCUUGUCCUCCUCGCUAGUGCAGGUCAGACUUGGGAGCGAGGCUCACCUUCACACGUGGGCACACACAAGUGUGUCCGUGUGGGAGUGAUGUACAUGCCCGGUUGGCUUCAUUUGAAAAGUAACACAUCCAGGCACAGCCGGACACUUUUACAUUCGGUUUGUUCCUGAUGUCAUGGCAGCUGCACCCCCAACACACAUACACAUACCCUGAUGGGAAGAGCGGGAGGUGGCCUCCGAGGUGCCCUGGUGGGGCCCUUCCCUGCAGCAACCUGCAGUUCUGCAUGUCCUGAGAUGAGCUGGACCUGAGUCUUCAGUGAGCAGGGCAACUGGAGGGGGCUUGGCAUCAGCAGGGGCCAGGGUGGGGUCCCCAGCAGCCCCCUGCCCUCCUGCUUGGUGCCCCAACUGAAAUCCUCCAAGGGGUUUGUCCCACCCAAGAGGAGGGGAGACAGACCAGGCAGGGAAAAGACAUGCAAUGUUCUCCCAGCCUUGGGACAAAGGAGGCAUGGGCCGUAAGUCCUAGGUGCAGACCCCACAGUUAGGCUCAAGGUCACGGUGGCAGGGGCUAAAGCCCAACAGCAAGGCCCGCCCAGGGGCCAAAUCCCCAACCUCAGAACGGUCUUGACAUUUCUACCAGGAAAAACCCAAAACUAUCCAGUGACGUGAAAAUCCUAUCAAGUUGCAGUUUCAGAGCACGGGCUGAGUUGUUCUUUUAAUUUAAACCCUGGGCUAGAGGAACCCAUGGGUUGAGAGGUUGAGGAAGUAAAACCCCGGGACCAGGGGCGCCUGGGUGGCUCAGUCGUUGAGCGUCUGCCUUCGGCUCGGGUCAUGAUCCCAGCGUCCCGGGAUCUAGCCCCACAUCGGGCUCCCUGCUCAGCGGGAAGCCUGUUUCUCCCUCUCCCGCUCCCCCUGCUUGUGUUCCCUCUCUCGCUGUGUCUCUCUCUGUCAAAUAAAUAAAUAAAAUCUUAAAAAAAAAAAAAAAAAAACCCGGGACCAGAUUCUCCGGAGCGUUGGUGUAGAAAAGCCCUUCAAAAGCACCAGCCCCAGAGGGGGUUGCAGAGGGGAUCCCCAGAGCUGGGAGGAUGAAUGAAUCCUGAGGGAACGGUCAGGCCAACAGCCCCUUGGGAUGGUGCACAAGGGCGCGGGCCUGGAUUAUGAGGCUUUUGAAUAAGCACUUCCCAAUCUUACUGGGUAUGUAUUCAUCCUAAUGAAUUUGAAAGGGUAAAACAAAAACCUUAACUUGCGUGUCAAUUUUUUCAGUUUAAAAAGCGAGCUUGUUGAAAGGCAAUUAUUACAAGAGCCUCUUGAGUACAGAAACCCCCAGGCAGCGUGUGGAUGACUCACUUUUGGCAAAUACUCUGGCCUCCCCGGCUGGUGGGGGAGGGGUUGAGAGAGAACUGCCCGCCUGGAGGAUGCCAUGGGGUCAAGGAGGCUGUCUGGAGACAAACCUGAGCCAGCCAGUCUGCGGCUUCUAACGGUGCUGUGAGGAACCAGGUGGGACAGGCGGGGACCUCAGGGACAGCCUUCUGGGCAACAUGCGGAGGUCUGGGCCUGCCGCCCGACUCCGAAUCUCAGUCUGAGGAACCAGACCGCCAGCCCUGCAGUGCAGUGUGACGUGAAGCUGGUUUUGUCAUUUACAUCCUGCUGUGGUCUUGCACAUUUUGAAGAAUGUUACCCGAGGCCCCGCCCCAAAGGCCUGGGCACCAGCAUUUCCCACUUUUUAAUCAAGAUACAAGGUACCUAGCCGAAGAUGCACCUAGUGUGCAGCUCGGGCUGUUAACAGAGGUUUGAUAGAGCCGUGACGGCAUCAGGCCACACAGGUGACGCCCCUGCUUGGGGUGAGGGGUAGGCACGGAGACCACAGAGGGUCAGAGCUUACUGAGGAAGCCAACAGGAACCCUCCAGAGCACCCGGCUCACUGUCAGGCGUGCCCGCCCUCUGGGUGCGGGAACCAGGAAGCCGGGGUCAGAGCCCCUCGGGAGGGAGCGGCAAGUGGGGAGGGCAGCCCCUCCCCGGGACCAGAACCCACUUCCUACUUCACCGCACAGCUCGGAGGUGGCCCGGAGGGCUGAGCCUGCUCGGAGCACCCUCCCCUCCACCCUUGUGCACAGGAAGGCCGGGCUAACCUGGCCUGGGUGCCUCCCGACAGCAGGAUGGACGAGGAAGGGCCGGAGUGCGGCAAACCCGACUUUGUGCUUUUGGACCAAGUGACCAUGGAGGACUUCAUGGAGAACCUCAAGCUCAGGUUCCAGAAGGGCCGCAUCUACACCUACAUCGGCGAGGUGCUGGUGUCCGUGAACCCCUACCAGGAGCUGCCCCUGUAUGGGCCUGAGGCCAUCGCCAAGUACCAGGGCCGCGAGCUCUAUGAGCGGCCACCACACCUCUAUGCUGUGGCCAAUGCCGCCUACGGGGCAAUGAAGCGCCGCUCCAGGGACACCUGCAUCGUCAUCUCAGGGGAGAGUGGGGCAGGGAAGACGGAAGCCAGCAAGCACAUCAUGCAGUACAUCGCCGCUGUCACCAACCCCAGCCAGAGGGCCGAGGUGGACAGGGUCAAGGACGUGUUGCUCAAGUCCACGUGCGUGCUGGAGGCCUUCGGGAACGCGCGCACCAACCGCAACCACAACUCCAGCCGCUUCGGCAAGUACAUGGACAUCAACUUCGACUUUAAAGGGGACCCCAUCGGGGGUCACAUCCACAGCUACCUGCUGGAGAAGUCUCGAGUCCUCAAGCAGCACGUGGGUGAACGGAACUUCCAUGCCUUCUACCAGGUGCUGCGGGGCUGUGAGGACGCAGAGCUGCGGAACCUGCACCUGCAGAGGAACCCGGCCGUGUACAACUUCACUCGGCAGGGCGCAGGGCUCAGUGCCUUGGAGAGCGACGAGAGGAGCCACUACCUGGCAGUGAUGGAAGCCAUGCGGGUGAUCGGCUUCAGUGCUGAGGAAGUGGGCUCUGUGCACCGGAUCCUGGCGGCCAUACUGCACCUGGGAAACAUCGAGUUUGUGGAGACGGAGGCGGCCGGGCCGGAGCAGGGGCACCUGGCCGUGGCUGAGGAGCUGCUGGUGGACCAUGUGGCCGAGCUGACGGCCACGCCCCGGGACUUGGUGCUGCGCUGCCUGCUGUCUCGUACGGUGGCCUCCGGAGGCAGGGAACUCAUUGAGAAGGGCCACACUGCGGCGGAGGCCAGCUAUGCCCGGGACGCCUGCGCCAAGGCAGUGUACCAGCGGCUGUUUGAGUGGGUGGUGAACCGGAUCAACGGUGUCAUGGAAACCCGGGGCCGGGACCCCCGGCGAGACGGCAAGGACACGGUCAUCGGUGUGCUGGACAUCUAUGGCUUUGAGGUGUUCCCUGUCAACAGCUUCGAGCAGUUCUGCAUCAACUACUGCAACGAGAAGCUGCAGCAGCUCUUCAUCCAGCUCAUCCUGAAGCAGGAGCAGGAGGAGUACGAGCGGGAGGGCAUCGCCUGGCAGAGCGUGGACUACUUCAACAACGCCACCAUCGUGGAGCUGGUGGAGCGGCCCCACCGCGGCGUGCUGGCCGUGCUGGACGAGGCCUGCAGCGCCGCGGGCACCAUCACCGACCGCAUCUUCCUGCAGAGCCUGGACACGCACCACCGCCACCACCCGCACUACGCCAGCCGCCAGCUCUGCCCUACAGACAAGACCAUGGAGUUUGGCCGAGACUUCCGGAUCAAGCACUAUGCGGGGGACGUCACGUACUCGGUGGAGGGCUUCAUCGACAAGAACAGAGACCACCUCUUCCAAGACUUCAAGCGGCUGAUGUACAACAGCUCAGACCCCACCCUGCGGGCCAUGUGGCCGGACGGGCAGCAGGACAUCACAGAAGUGACCAAGCGCCCCCUGACGGCUGGCACGCUCUUCAAGAACUCCAUGGUGGCUCUGGUAGAAAACCUGGCCUCCAAGGAGCCCUUCUAUGUCCGCUGCAUCAAGCCCAAUGAGGACAAGAUGGCUGCCAGGCUGGACGAGGACCACUGUCGCCACCAGGUCGUGUACCUGGGGCUGCUGGAGAAUGUGCGGGUGCGGAGGGCUGGCUUCGCUUCCCGCCAGCCCUACCCUCGAUUCCUGCUCAGGUACAAGAUGACCUGUGAGUACACGUGGCCCAAUCACCUGCUGGGCUCUGACAGGGCAGCCGUCAGUGCCCUCCUGGAGCAGCAUGGGCUGCAAGGGGACGUGGCCUUCGGCCACACCAAGCUCUUCAUCCGCUCGCCCCAGACUCUGGUCAAGCUGGAGCAGAGCCGCGCACGCCUCAUCCCCAUCAUCGUGCUGCUGCUGCAGAAGGCCUGGCGCGGCACGCUGGCCAGGCGGCGCUGCCGGCGGCUGCGGGCCAUCUACACCGUCAUGCGCUGGUUCCGGAGGCACAAGGUGCGCGCUCACCUGGCAGAGCUGCAGAGGCGGUUCCAGGCCGCGAGGCAGCCCCCCCACUACGGCCGAGACCUCGUCUGGCCGCCGCCCCCUGCGGUGCUGCAGCCGUUCCAGGACACCUGCCAGGCGCUGUUCUGCAGGUGGCGGGCCCGGCAGCUGGUGAAGAACAUCCCACCUUCAGACAUGGCCCAGAUCAAGGCCAAAGUGGCGGCCAUGGGGUUCCUGCAGGAACUACGGCAGGACUGGGGCUGCCGACGGGCCUGGGUCAGGGACUACUUGUCCUCUGCCAUGGACAACCCCACAGCCUCGGGCCUGUUCGCUGAGCGACUGAAGGCACUCCGUGAGAAGGACAGCUUUGGGGCUGUGCUGUUCUCCAGUCACGUCCGGAAGGUGAAUCGCUUCAACAAGAGCCGGGACCGGGCGCUCCUGCUCACUGACCGGCAUGUCUACAAGCUGGACCCCGGCCGGCAGUACCGGGUGAUGCGGGCCGUGCCCCUGGAAGCGGUGACCGGGCUGAGUGUGACCAGCGGGCGGGACCAGCUGGUGGUGCUGCACGCGCGGGGCCGGGACGACCUGGUGGUGUGUCUGCACCGCUCCCGGCCGCCGCUGGACAACCGCGUGGGGGAGCUGGUGGGCGUGCUGGCCGCGUACUGCCAGGGGCAGGGAAGGGCCCUGGAGGUCCGCGUCUCCGACUGCAUCCCCCUGAGCCAGCGCGGCGCCCGGCGCCUCGUCUCCGUGGAGCCCAAGCCCGAGCAACCAGAGCCGGACUUCCGCUGCAGCCGCCGUGCCUUCACGCUCCUCUGGCCGAGCCGCUGACCCGUCCCGCCGCGCCCGGGCGCCCUCCGCGCCAGCCCCGCGCCGGACACCCGUGCGCUGUGCAAUAAAGGUUCUGCGUCUGUGUCCUGCGAGACUUGUGCCUGUGGGGGGACGUCCGCACAGCGGCCAGCAACCUGGCAAAUGUCACGCCGCGUCCUCUGCUGACCCCUGUGGGGUCACCCGAAGCGGAGGAGGGGAGGCCUGGGGCCCAGUCUGGUGGGGCAGCAAGACCGCAUUCCCCGGGGCCCCAGUCUGCGGACCAGCUGGCUGUGGAGUCCACGGUCCGAGAGGAAACGGUGCCCUUUAUGUCCCAGGCUGUUCCUCCCACGCUGAGGUCUCCCCCCACCGCCCACGCCCAUUUCCCUCCCCUAAGGCUCCUUGCCUUGCCUUAGGGGAGGUGAAUGGCCACUGGGGAAGCUUGGGGGUCCCAGGGCCACCCUCGGGCAGGGCUCUGGCUGAGCACACACUGAGGCAGACGCUGUCCCAGCUGCUGGCUAUGUCCUUGCUGGGGGUGGGCAUCCCAGGCCCCAGGAACCCUACUUCUGGGACUCCUGAGCCAGGACCUCCCACAGUCUGGGACAGGACCUUGUGUCUGGGGGCUCUCAGGAGCCAACCAAAGGAAGGCCAGAGUGGACACAGCUCCACUCCCUCUCACCAGCAGCGUCCCUCCCCAGACCCUCUGCCUCGCAACGCCCCAGCCCCGCCCGCUGCCCCAUCCUAGCACCCCCACUCACUCUCCUCACUCCAUAGGCGGCCCUUGGCUUUCAAAGCUGCUCCCUCCCUCCUGGGGCACGCUAAAUUUGGGUGGCAUCCUUGCCUGGUUGUGCCCUGUUGAUGUGGAGGGAGGUUGGCAGGUGUCCACCCCUUGAAGGGCUCACAGCUCCUGAGGCUUCCCCUGGUCACUGUCAACUUCCCUCUCCAGGGGGUUUGGUGGAGUCACCUCCUCCUGCGCAGAGCCCAGUCUGGAGGCCCCUGGAGGCCCCCACAUAGCCUGCUCCAGUGUCUGUCUCUGGCACUGGGGGCCUCAGGACAAGCCAGCCAUUCUCUUGAAGAGGGUGCUCAGGUCCGCUCGGAUCCGGAGAUGCUAAGCUGCCCUAGACAGCAGGUGCUCCUGGCCCAUUGUAAAUUCCCUUUGCAGUAGGUGGCUUGCCAGAGGCUGUCAGCACGGCCUGCUUCCUUUCCAGAUUCUCCACGGCUGCCUGGCUGCCUGGCUGAGGGCAGGGCUUUGUGGAGCCCAGAGGGAGGAGCCUCACUGGGCAACAUUUGGGGGUCCUGCCCUGCUGGGGGACACUCCAUGCUGAAGGCCCAGAGCCAAACAGGGUUUCUCCAACGUCCAGAGAGAACUGUCAUGGCUGCCAGGCAGGUUCCUGGGGCUGUAGGAUCCUGAGAUCCCGUCAGAGGGGUUGAGUGAGAGGCCAGGAAGAGGAAGGAGCUAGAACCCCCUUAUUCAACCCUCACCUCACAUCAGUCUCUUCACAAACAUUAUACAUCACUCUACAAAUCCUUGUAUUUGUCAUAUAUUAAUCGCUUUGCAAAUUACACCUCAGCCCUCUUCCUGCCGGGUCAGUGUUAGCUUUAUCUUGCACUGUGACAGGUGGGGAAACAGGCUGUGUGAGUUGCCUGGGGCCAUUCGUAUGCUGGGUUAGGCAGAUUCAGGCUUGCAGGCCCCACAGCAACAGAGGCACUGGCUUUUAGAAGGGGACCGUGUCUUCAACGCUUGCUGCCUCAGUCCAAGUCCAGCUCUGCUCAUGAGCCCCCUCUGGCCUCUGGCAGAUGUCUUUGCCCAUGCAGGCUUCCCUGGAGUCUGGGCUGGCCCUGGGAGUGGCUUUGAUCAGAAGGGGU